AUGAGCUGCUUCGUGACGAAAACCGGGUUGACUGAUCACUCAAUAGAUUCACAUCUGCCCAGGUCUGCGGGAUCAGAAUUGAACAUAGCUUGUGUUUUGCAAAGCUUAGCUCAGGCGAAGUCUUGGAUUAAAGACUGCAAGCAUGAGCACACGAAAUGCGACAUGAUUGAGACGAACUCGAAAUGGCAUCCGACACGUCUCAUCGAUAUCGGCCCUCCGGAAAAUCUCGUCCUGACAAAGAACAAUGCUGUUCAGCUCUUUGAAGGCAUUCCUUCAGAUGACUUACCGCUACUGUACUCAAAUGCAGUCUUUGUGGCCCAUAUAAUUGGUAUACGAUACCUGUGGAUUGAUGCUCUUUGCAUCAUCCAAGAGGGAGAUGACUUUGCACACUGGCGCCACGAAUCAACGCUCAUGGAUAAAAUAUACUCUCAUGUAUUUUGCAACAUCUCCGCCUUGUUUGCGGAGGACAGUGACGGUUCCCUAUUCAGCAAACGCAAUCCUGAUGCUUGCCGACCGCCAGUCAUCUGGCGAGACGUUGAAGGCCAAGCAAUCCCUGCUUUUCUUUCAGACGCGAGGUUCUGGUCUAGCGAGGUUCUGGGGCAACAGGUGAACACAAGAGCAUGGGUACUUCAGGAACUUCUUCUUUCUCGACGUAUCUUGUUUUUCGGCGAGCGUCAGGUAUUAUGGUAUUGCCGAUCCACUCGCAAGGCUGAAAUAUGGCUCCCUGACGCUCCUAUCGAGGAUGUCACCAAAUUAGGCCGCAUCGAAGAUCUCCAUCUUGGAUGUGGCAAAGCUUGCGAUAAACCCAACGACGUACGGAACGCACAUCUUUGCUGUCAUGACAUUGUCUCGACAUAUACUCGCUGCAAGAUCAGCUUUCCAGUUGAUAGACUGAUUGCUCUUUCGGCAGUGGCAAAGGAGAUGAUGCAAGUGCUCGAGGAUGAGUACAUUGCAGGCAUGUGGCGCCACCAUCUAGAAAAUGAACUUGUCUUGUGGAGCUCUUUCGCUUUGCAGCCCUCCCCAAGCCUGGGUCCUCAGGCCUACCGCGCUCCAAGUUGGUCAUGGGCUUCAGCAGAGGCUGCGGUCGUACCAGGUCGACCAUACAAGGACUGCAAGGUUGAAGAUUAUUAUCUCGAAUAUGUCACUGGCGAUAGGACCGGUUUGGUUUCUGGAGGGUGGCUUCGUCUGUGGGGAACCCUAAGGCAAAUGAAGCUUUGAUCCUCUGAGAGACGGCGAUCAGAUGAGGAACAUCAAGCCUGGAAUAUAGUUUCCCAGGUUGAUUCCCAAGACGCAAUGCAUAUGUGGGUGAGGCUGGACGCGUUCCACGAAAGUUUUGAUGAGCAGAACGCCAACUCGACGCUCUACUUCAUGCCAGCUGAAUGGAAUUACUGGGAAGCCGGCAGAAGCUCAUUCACAGCCAAUGAGCAUGAC